GCGAGCUCCCGUGGAACAGCAGCUCCUAGACCCAAUUCAAAAGCACUAUGUGUCUGGCUGGGGCCGUACCAUGCUGGCAAGGACCGGUAUGCGGAAUGCUGUGAGGAGGUUCCUGGACUACGACCUCCCGGUGAUGUCGGAUUGCUCCGGAGCCGAAGGUGGUCUUUUGGCGCUGAAAGCCCUGGACAUCCAGGUGGAUCAUGUGUCCAGCUGUGAAAGCAACCACAAGGCAGUGGAGUUUAUUGCCAAAAGCUUUCACCCGAAAGUGUUCUAUCCUGAUGUCUGUGAUCGGGAGCUCGACGAGCGGAAUUAUGGAUGCGUGGCUCUGGUAGCCGGCUUCCCGUGUCAGUUCAGUCGACUUCGGCGGGAAAGUCAAUUAUUGGAGGAGGAGGAUGCAAAGCCGUUCUUUGCAAUUAUCGAGACUUUGAAAAGUCUGAAGCUCCCGCUCUACAUAUUGGAGAACGUCCUGGGCAUCCGCAAGUGCAUGCAUAUCAUAAAGCCCUUGCUUCGAAGGCAGCUGCCUGGUUAUUACCAUGCCGUGCUGCAGCUGAACGCUAAAGACUUGGGAGACGUGGUUUCCCGACCAAGGGUCUACUUCAUCGGGAUCCUGAGGAAGUAUGCAGGGCCGACCAUCGGGUCACAUGAUGAUCUGCAAGCCCAGAUAUCCUAUAUCCUUCGCAAGGCCCAAUCCGAGUCGACCUUUCGCUGGAGGGACCUCGUCCUGGAGGAUGCUUCUGGUGAGGCUGAAGGCGGCAUGCCUUCGAAGCGCAGGCCUACAGAUCCAUGUCCGAAGUGGUGCCACAUUCACUGGAAGUUCAUGAAAGAUCACAAGGUGAACCCCAAGAAGCUGAAGCACUCCGUGAAAGGGCGGCAAGCUUUUGGGGAUCAGAGGCGUCGACAUGCGGUGGAUGUCAUGGCUACGUUGCACGGCGAGGAGAAACCGCGCAUUUUGAAUGUGUCCCAACAAUUGGACCGGAUGCAUAUCCGGAAGAACUGCAUUGGCUGCUUGACGCCGGGCAGCUCUAUGUACAUGUUGCAUUUGGGACGCUCUUUGUCAGGCUUGGAGAUGAUGCUCUUCCAGGGGUUCGACAUCAGCCAGCUGAAUUUGCACGGCAUGGAUGACAAGGCCAUGCACAUUCGAUCAGCUGGGGUCGCAUGGCUCGCGGCCUUCUCUGCAAUGGACCUCUCGAGAUGUGGUUCUGAUGGACUUGGCUUUGUGAGCCGCUUCAUGACAGGUGAUGUGGUUAUGAUGGAUGUGGCUUCGGGAGUCGAUGUGGGUAUGAUGGAUUUUGCUAUGUGGGAUUCUGUCAUCCCAGGUGAUAUGGUUAUGAUUUGUGAUGGUUUUGGCUUUGUGAGCCGCUUCAGGGGAUUCGGUUCUGAUGGAUGUGGCUUCAAGUGCUGCUUCAUGACACGUGAUGUGGAUCUGGAGGUGGCUUGGCGAGCUGACGUCGGUUAUGCUACCUCCGGCUCUGGAUGGCUGCGCUGGAUAUCCACCGUUGCCAUGGUUUUCCAUGGGGAUGAGGACAGUGAUUCGGAGGAGGAUGCUUACCAAAGAAAUGGGAAAUCGAAGAAGAGGAUUGCCAAUGCAAUGAAAAAGAGAUGUUGUGCACAAAAGUGCAAGAAGCAGCUGGUGUUCAAGAUGGUGCGCUUUCUGGUGUCAUCUUUCUGGUCUUUGACCAAGGGGGGGCAAGAUGCUCUGCUCUGGUCGAUGCAAAACCCCCUGUGGGUACCUGAAGAGGGCUCGGAUGAAGAUGAAGAGUCCCACUCCAGCAGCAUCGCAAAGAAAACUGUUGCGGUUUCUUGGCACUUGGAAGGUGCUGCCGG